AGGCUUUCUCUCAUCCCGUCUUCUACUUUCCAUCACCUAAAACAUCUUACCAAAUCAAUGGAGAUUGUACCACACAAAACGCAACUCAGGGAACGCCAUAUGUUCUCAACCUCAGAUGACAUUACAAUGAUGAGGCAAGUUCAGGCCACUCAUGCUCCUGAUGGCCGUGAAUUUGCUGUCAAACCUCUUCUUUACAUCAUUGAGGACAUCUUUCGUCGUGCCAUCCCUGCUAUCCCUGCUAUCCCUGGCUUUGAUCAGGGAACGCAAACACAACUAGAUGUAUUGGAUGACAAGACUUUCCAGGCUGGAUUUUUCGACAUGCUUGAUCUGUUGUCAUUCACCAUCAAUAAAAUUUCCUGCGAGAUAUCCUGCAAAUGUUCUGGUGGUGGUGAUGCACAUGCAACAACUUUGGGAAUAUUCAACGUUCUUACAAGCUACUCUUGGGAUGCUAAAGUGGUGCUAGCUUUGACUGCAUUUGCAUUGAUCUACGGGGAAUUCUGGGUGGUGGCACAACUUUACCCGACCAACUCACUAGCCAAAUCAGUUUCACUCCUCAAGCAACUGCCCGAGAUACUAGAACGCUUCGACACACUGAAACCAAAGUUUGAAGCACUUAGCAACCUCAUCAACUCCAUGCUAGAUGUAACCAAAUGCAUUGUUGAAUUCAAAGAGCUUCCAUCACAGUACAUUAGCCCUGACACGCCAGAAAUGUUAACUGCCACUGCCCACAUUCCUACUGCCGUUUACUGGACCAUCCGCAGCAUUGUGGCUUGCGCAUCACAAAUUAUGGGCCUCGUUGGCAUGGGUUUUGAGUUCAUAACAUCAACAACUGAGGCAUGGGAAUUAUCAAGCUUAGCCCACAAAGUCAAGAGCAUACACAGCCAUCUUAACAAGCAGCUCAAUCUCUGUUAUCAACUGAUUGAUGAUAAAAGGCAUAUUGAAGCAUAUCAAACACUUGUACGACUGAUGGAACAACCCCACAUGGAUAACAUGAAGAUCCUGAGGGCACUGAUUUAUGCCAAGGACGAUCAAAUGCCACUUCUCGAGGGUGCAACCAAGAGAACGGCGAACCUCGAAGUGCUGAGGAGGAAAAAUGUUCUGCUCCUGAUUUCAGACUUGGACGUGUCCAAUGAAGAGAUAUUCAUGUUAAAGGAAAUGUAUCGAGAGUCACGUCAGAACCAACCAAGGAUGGAGAGUCAGUUUGAGGUGGUGUGGAUCCCAGUUGUGGAUAGGUCAACUCCAUGGUCCCAGGAUAAGCAAAAACGAUUUGAGAGUCUCCAGAAUUCAAUGCCGUGGUACUCUGUAUAUAACCAUACAAUGAUUGACCGAGCUGUGAUCAAAUACAUCAAAGAAGUGUGGCAGUUCAAGAAGAAGGCCAUUCUUGUUGUCUUAGACCCACAAGGCAAAGUGGUCAACAACAAUGCCCUCCACAUGCUCUGGAUUUGGGGAAGCCUUGCAUUCCCCUUCACUAGCACUAGGGAGGAAGCUCUUUGGAAGGAUGAAUCUUGGAGACUCGAGUUGUUAGCAGUACCUGUGGAUGAAUCUAUCCCUCUUUGGAUUGAAGAUAAAAAGGUCAUAUGCUUGUAUGGUGGAGAAAACAUAGAAUGGAUAAGGAAAUUCACAACAAUCGCAAAGGCAGUUGGACUAGCUGCACAGAUUCCAUUGGAGAUGCUAUACGUUGGGAAGAACAACACCAGAGAGAAAAUAAAGAGAAACAUCAAAACCAUUAAUGAGCAGAAUCUUAGCAACACACUGCAAGACUGGGAACUGGUGUGGUUCUUCUGGGUGCGGUUGGAGAGUAUGUGGCACUCCAAAAUGCAACAUGGAAAGAGUGUGGAAAAUGAUCCUAUAAUGCAGGAGAUAGUAACAAUGCUUAGCUUUGAUGCGAGUGAUCAAGGAUGGGCUUUGUUUUGUCAGGGAAAAGACAUGGCCAAGGGCAAGGGUGAAACAAUUCUGCAAACUCUUACGGACUUUGAUUUAUGGAAAUCAACUGUGCCGGAAAAAGGUUUUGUGCCUGCAAUGAAUGAUCAUCUGACGGGAACCCGACCUCCUCAUCAUUGCAACCGUCUUAUACUUCCAGGGACAACGGGUACAAUUUCAGCAAAGGUUGUUUGUGCUGAAUGCGGUCGUCCCAUGGAGAAGUUCAUCAUGUACCGCUGCUGCGACGAUUAAGGAAAUUAUACAAUCUGCGGAUGGAGCAUAUCAUAUAUAAUAUCUUUAUUAAAGACUGGGUUUAGGAUUGAAUAAGUAAUGCUACUAUUUGCUGCUGCUUCUGUGUCUCGCAUGUGUGCUUCUUGUAAUGACCCAAUAUAUUGGUCAUCUGCUACCCCUUUCAUCCAUGCAAUAAAAUAUAAUGUUUUUUUUAUCA